AUUCGUAUCUUAUCAAAGAUGAAAUUAUGGUAAAUAGUAAGCGUUGUUACAACGAGCUGCAGUGUUUAAUAGUCCGCGUUUUAUUUCGCGCGCGUUAUCAAUCCGCAAAAACAGUGCUUUUCAAACAAACUAUUCGAGGAAACGGUGGUUUAUGAGCACGACACUCCAAAAAUGGCGAAGUUCCUGAAAUCAAUAUUCCACACGACAGACAGACGGAAGCCGUCGCACUAUGAGCACGAGGUCGAAGAUGAGAGAAGCGAGUCUCCGCCACCAGAGCGCAGGAGACAGCUGUCCAUAUCGCGCUCUGGGAGAAUGAAGCAGGCUAAUAAGAAGAGGCAUUCCUUGACGCUGGAGCUUUAUGGAGAAACCAUCCAAAUAGACGCAGUAGAAAAUCCAGUACCUAUGGAUUACCAAAUUCACUCACCAAGCCACACCGCUCCCGCAGAUUUAGAACCUAACAGUACCAACCCAGGCAGGUUUGACACAGCUGACAUGAAUGACCUCAUAGACCUUCCAGACCAAUCUACAGAUCUAGCUAAAACUAUAGAAGUAACUCUGGAAGCUAAAUUAAGCACAGUAGCAAUUGAAAAGUCUCCUGAAGAAGAAAUAGACCAUGCAUUUGAGAUCUUAGACAAGUCAUAGCGAAGAGAAACGGGAAUGUAGUGAUAAUUGUUAAGUAUUAAAUAGUAUUGUUAAUUGAGUGAUAAGUAAUAUAGUUAAAAUAGCUAGGGCGAGAUUUAAAUGAAAGAUUUGUCUGCUUUGACUGUUAAAUUUGACAGUCGAUACGGGUAGACAGAAGCCAGUGAGUCUGACGACCAGACUUACCAAGGGGUACUGGGUUUCCCGGGUAACUGGGUUGAGGAGGUCAGAUAGGCAGUCGCUCCAUGUAAAACACUGGCACUCAGGUGCAUCCGGUUAGACUGGAAGCCCAACCCAGCCUAGUUGGAAAAAUCUGCAAUCUGGAAGAUGAGUGUGCUUUAACUAAGUAAUCUUCUCUGAUGAUGAUUAAAAUUUGGUUUAAUUCGUCUGAGCGGUUUAGCUGGUUGAAAGGUGAUUUCUGCCUAGCUCCUUUGAUGAAAUUUAAGAAAGAUAUUUCACCGUUUCUACCUUGAAGUUGGAACAGGAAAGUGUUUCUUACCAAAAUAUAGGUGUGUGCGUUGAUAAGGAAUUAUGAGAUGCUAUCGAUCCAUGAUAGAUUUUUGAUAGCAGUAUUAUUAUAUUGUUUGGGGUUUCCAUUAUACGGAUAACGGUGUAUAAAAAGUCUGUGUAUGCUUUGUUCCUACAUUUUGCUUUUUAAUUGUUGACACUAAUAUCUAUAGUUCUAUGACAGCCAUGUAGCAAUAGCCAUGUUGGAAAUCGGCGAAAAAAUGUUGAUUAUUAUGUUUCUGAGACAGUGAAACAUUUAGAAAUUGACUGAAGAUGAAGAAUUGAUUGUUCACUCGUAAGGGUCUUGUUACUGACUGCGUAACUUGGAAGAGGUGUUGGAAAGGAUAUUUUGGGUAAUCUUCAUAUUAUAAAGGAAAGAUUUGGAAAACGGAACAGGGUAUUUUGGUGACAACAUGUCUGGAAAUUGUAUUUCUUAUCAUUAUUAUUAUUUAAAUCCAGAUAUAUCUAAUUGGAUUAUACAUAAAAUACCUACUAAAUAAUCUAUUGCAUUUAUUAUUUGCUGCUCAAAAAACUGUACUUGUCCUUGACAAAAGGCAAUUUAUAAAAUACUUGAUAUCUUGUGAGUUUUAUCAUAAAAAAAAUCGAUGAUAUGAAUUGAAAUAUUGUAUAUAGUUUUACUUUAUACAUUUAGAUAUUAAUUUUCACCCAGUGAAUGAUUUAUCUAGCAUUUAUCUGAAGUGUUGCUUAAAAGUUAUCUUUGGCUUAUGUAACUCUUAUACAUGCAAUAAUAUAAAAUUGUAUUAUACAUAUACUGUGAAACAGCGAAUCCCGGCCACAACUCUUAAUAUCUUUAAAAUGUAAACGCAACUAAAUGUAGCUAUGAUAUAAGGUGUGAUAUUAAUUAUCAAAUGAUUUGAUUGAUAGAUAAGUUUCUAUUUUGGGAAAUCCACUGAAAGAAACGUCAAUUCUAAUAUAUUAAACAAAACUGCACGACAAAUUUAAUAUAUUAAAUGGUGGAGCUAGAGUUGUCUUUAUUUCUUUAUAGUUGCCUUUUCAACAUUUUAUUCAAAUAGAAGGCUUUUUUAUGGAUUUCUUUUUCUGCUAGUAAAUGUAGUUAGAAAAUAAUAUUCCAUUUGUAAUACAACUGUUGUACGUAAUAAACAUGUAAUUGUAAAGAUAUUGUGAAAGUGGCUACUUAUAAGAUUGUAUUGUUUUUGUAAUUGACGCGUUUUGCAUGGAAUUAAAGACUGAUUGUUCAAACAACUA